AUGGGAGGUAACCCGCACAAUAGCUCAGGGUUGCCUCCCUUCACCUUGACAGGACUCCCAGAGCUGGAGACCUCCCAACACUGGAUGUUUUUGCUCCUUGGUGCCUUCUACAUUGUCUCCAUUGUGGGAAAUGCUCUUAUCCUUUUUGUUAUCAAGAAGGAACAGAGCUUGCACCAACCUAUGUACUACUUUUUGUCCCUGCUAUCAGUUAAUGAUGUAGGUGUGUCUUUCUCCACACUGCCCACAGUCCUGGCCACGUUUUGCUUCUACUUAAGGGAGAUAAGUUUUGAUUCUUGCAUGGCCCAAAUGUUCUUUAUCCAUCUCUUCUCCUUCGUGGAGUCUGGGAUCCUGCUGGUCAUGAGCUUUGACCGCUAUGUGGCCAUCUGUAACCCGCUGCGCUACACCACAGUGCUCACUGAUGCCCGUGUGAUGUGUAUGGGCAUGUCCGUUAUCAUCCGCAGUUUCUGUAUGGUUUUUCCACUGCCUUUCCUUCUGAAGAGGUUACCCUUCUGCAAGGCCAACAUACUCUCCCAUGCCUACUGCCUGCAUCCAGAUCUUAUCCGCCUGCCCUGUGGUGACAUCACCAUAAAUAAUAUCUUUGGUCUAUUCAUUGUCAUCUCCACCUUUGGCCUGGAUUCUGCACUCAUUCUCAUCUCCUACGUGCUCAUACUUCGCUCUGUACUUGCCAUUGCCUCCCGGGAAGAACGGUUAAAGACACUUAACACGUGUGUGUCACACAUCUGUGCUGUGCUCAUCUUUUAUGUGCCCAUGGUUGGUGUGUCCAUGGCUGCUCGCUAUGGAAGACAUGCCCCACGGUAUGUACAUACGCUCAUGUCCCUCAUCUAUCUCUUUGUGCCUCCAACGCUCAAUCCUAUCAUCUAUUCCAUUAAAACCAAGGAGAUCCGUCGGAGACUUCACAAAAUACUGCUGGGAACCAAGUUUUGA